AUGCAGCGGCCGAUCGCGGGCCGUCUGAAGCACGCGGGGUCGACGCCGCUCGUGGUCGUAGCGGACGACGUGCCGCCCAUCAGAAUCGCGGAGCGCCGUGCGAUCGACCACCUGAGCGAUCUCGACCAUCCACGUGGCUCCCCGCUCGCCAGUGGCAAGCACGCGAGCCCACAAGCCGCCGCCUUCCGCGCGUCCUCCGCCGGCGGCGGCGUCGCCUCCCCGGUCGCCGCCUUCUCCCCCGCGGCGCUCUCCCGCGAGUUCGCUCUCGCCGCCGGCAGCCACUUCCACGGCAGCCCCGCGCACGCGCACGCGGGACACGGCGCACACGCGGGCCACGGGGUGGGGGGAAGCGGAGCGGCGGGCGCGGAGAGGGCGGGCGGGGGCGCGGUGGUGUCGAACGUGGCGGUGGUGGCGGUGCUGCUGCUGCUUCUGAACCUGUCCACCAUCUACCUCUUCUUCCAGUCAGGGCUCUCCUCGCGCUCCCUCUCCGCCGCCUCCGCCGACAUCCGCCUGCGCAGCGCCCCGCAGGAGCGCGCCAUGGCGCACCACGCCGCGCUCUCCAGCGACCCCCCCGCCCGCCCACGUCCCAUGAUGUCUCUCCCACCCAUUUCCCUCCCCACCACCCCCCCUCCCCUCCCCAUUCUCAAACCCACCCUUCCUCCUCUCCCCCCUCCCAGCACGCAUGCAGGUGGGGGGGCAAGCAGCAAUCCGGUGCAGGCGGAGGGGGGGGCGGGCAUGGGGAGGGGCGUGGGUGCGCAUCUGAGCGCGGCAGUGAGGGCGAGGGAGACGGUGAACGGGCGGCUGUUUCACAUCGCGCCGGGGCUGGCGGCCAGCAAGGUGCCCUGGAACGCCACCGACAACUCGUUUCUGCUCUCCCUCAGGGGCAAGUGGGACGUGAGGUCGUUCUCGCUCAUGCCGGGGGUGUUCCUGCUGCAGCAGCCCGACGACUUCGCCUGUGUGCUGCUCAUCCAGGACGCCUGCUACGUGCACAUGACAGGUCCAUCGCGGCUGCACGCGCCGAUGGCGGGCAUGUGGUUUUCGGACGAGGGCGUGCGCGACUUCAAGCGCAUCAGCACCUCCAACGACCUCUGCUCGCUCUUCCCCGACGCCCUCGCCGACCAUCAAGACCACGCCUGGCGCUCCCUCUCGCCCCGAGAGGCCCGCGCUGCCCUGGAACGAGAGGGCACUGUUGGGAGAGAUGUGGUGCGGUUGAGAGGGGUGGAGGAGGAGGGAGGAGCUGGGGAAGUGGAUGGGCGGAAAGGGGGUGCGGGAGGUGGGAGGAAGGGGAGUGGGGUGGGGAAGGAGAGGUAUGGUGGGAGGGUGGAGCGAAGGGAGGAGGAGGAGGAGGAGGGGGAUUGGAGGGACAGCGGUCGGGUUGGGUACUCAGCUGAGGAGGGGGAGGAGGGGGAGGAGAGACGGGCUCACAUGGACAAGAGGCGACGCCUCCUAUCCAAAUCGGAGCAAAAACCCACCAAAACCCACAACCCUGUGCCUUCCCACCCUAAAAAAGCCACCCCUUCAGCCACCCAGUCACCACCCACCCCACCCCAGCAGCAGCAGCAGCAGCAGCAGUCAGCAGCACCCGUGGUCCUGUCGGGGUUUGAGAACCAGGCACCGGGGUUCACGGACGAGUUUGACGAGGAGCUGCACGACAUCACGGACAUCAAGCGCCGUGAGAACCGCGUGUACGGCCGCUUCGAGAGCGCGCACGCGGUGGCGCGCUACCUCAACCUCAGCCGCCGGUGA